CGCCAAUGGCAUUCGAGGUCGAUCGCGUCGAUUGUUUUUUCGGUUUCAUUCCGCCAUUUUGUGCCGACUGUUUAUGGCGUUGCUGAAGUGAAAUAGUGAUCAUAAGAAAUAGUUAUUCCUUGUGUUAAGGAAUAUCAUAAUGUCGCGUUACGGCUCAGAGUGUAAGCUGUACGUCGGCGACCUGGGAAAUAAUGCAAGUAAACAAGAAUUAGAAGAUGCUUUCGGAUAUUACGGACCCCUUCGCAAUGUUUGGGUUGCACGAAAUCCUCCAGGCUUUGCUUUCGUAGAGUUCGAAGAUCCUAGAGAUGCUGAGGAUGCUGUACGCGGCUUAGACGGCAGAACGAUAUGUGGUAGAAGAGCCCGCGUCGAAAUGUCCAAUGGCAAAGGAAAUCGAGGAUAUGGAAGAGGACCUCCACCUAGAAGCGGCUCAACAAGGGGACGACCAUUCCAUCCAGAUGACAGAUGCUAUGAAUGUGGCGAUCGUGGACAUUAUGCCCGUGAUUGUAACAGGCAUGGCAGACGAGGAGGAGGAGGACGCCGAAGGUCUAGGUCUCGUUCUCGAUCAAGAAGCCGCUCACGGGAUCGCCGUUCUCGUUCUAGGAGUAUGUCAAGAUCCAGAAGCAGGUCUCGUGGAAGAAGCCGUUCGCGAAGCAAGUCUGCCCGUCGCAGUCGAUCUCCAAGACACAGCAAAAGCCCAAGGCGUUCUCACAGCCGAGACCGCAAAUCUAAUAACAGGUCUGUUUCUAGAUCUCGUUCACGGUCUAGGGAUAGGGAUGGUGAAAAUAUGAAUGGAGAUAAUCAUGAUUAGAUUAUGUGUGCAUCAGUGAUUUAUAUAUGUUAUCAAUAUGACAUCAUUAGUGGUUAGUUCAUUAAUGUAUAUUUUAACUUUACUUUGGGAGCAUAUAUAUUAUAUGUUUCGUGGUAUGAAUUUAAAAUUAGUUCAUCUGUCUUAAUUAUUAUUGAAAUAAAAAUUAUGUGCUAUUUAAAUGUAUG